UAAAUAUACACAUCAAUGUAGCAACUAAUUUAAAACCUAUUUAUUUAAGUCUCUAUCUUUUUUUCUUUCUAUUUCUUAUAAAUACAGUGAGCUGGAAAAAAAAAAACUAUGUCAUGUUUAAGUAAGAAUUCAGUCAUCCAUGGAGAUUGAAGUGAAAAAAGAGCAACAAGUAUGGCCACUUGUACAUCUUGAUGAUUUAAAAAAAGAAAUUCAAGAUGACACUGAGGAAUCGUGUUUGACACAAUCAAUAAAUACUGAAUUACACCAAGUGAAAAAAGAACUUUUAAAUGAAGCAAUAUCAAUUGACGUUGAUGAUAUUUAUGAUUGUUCAUACUGUGGUGAAAUUUUUAAUAGUGAAUUAAUAUUGAGUCAACAUCAAGCCAAGAGUCAUCCAAUUCUAUCAAACGAUAAUAACAAAAUCCAAGAUGUUAAAAUUGAAGAUAUCAAGCUUAAAGAUGAACCCAUGAAUGUUGAUGAACCAAAAUUAAAAUCAAAUCUUUUUGAUAAAGUUUUGUCAGUUGUUGUCGAACGAAUUCUCGAGUGUUCUUACUGUGGACAAAUAUUUUACAGUAAUAUUAAACUUACUGAUCAUGAAGCCAAGUGUCAAUCAUCAUUAUCAAACAGUGAUUCACCAAGUAGUCCCAUAAAACAAAUUCAACCUGAUACUCUUCAUUCUAAAACGACUGAGUUAAAAUUAUCAAUCAAAAAUGAAAAUAAUACUAGCAUUGUUUCAAGUCAAUCGAAACUGGAUAAUAUUGUUCCAACAUCAUCUAAAUUUCCAGUCAAUUUACCAGAGAAAUUACAAGAAAAUAUUGAAAGCAUUAAAUUGGAAAAUGUUCCGCAACCUUCGUCGUCAUUGUCAAGUGUUGGUGUGAUGAAUAAUCAAAAUUUGUCUAGCUCUUCUGUUGAGACAUCAUUAACAUCAAGUAUUAAUAUCGAUGAUAAUUUAAUAAGAGAUAGAAAAAAAGUAUACAAUUUACGUGAACAAAUAAAAAAACCAGACAGAUUAAGUGAUCAUAUAACAAAAGAUAAUCAACUUAAAAAAGUAAAAGUUGAAGAAUUAUUUGAUUAUUCAAGUGAUGAAUCAACUGAUUCAGCUAAAUCAAUUGUUGUUAAUAAUGAAAGAGCAAUUAUUAAACUUCCAAGUACAUCAAAAGAACCAGAGCCUGUAAAAUUUGUUAGAGAAUUAAUAUGUCAAUUUUGUAAUGAAACUUUUGAUUGUAAUAAUUUAAGAUUAAAUCAUAUUAAAAAUAUGCAUAAUUUGUCAUUAAUUAGUUGUCAACUUUGUCCAUUUGAAACAGAAUGGCAUGUUACAUUUAGAAAACAUAUACAAAUGCAUCAAGCAAAAAAUAUAAUACCAAUAAUAACAAAAUGUGAGAUAUGUAAACGUGAUUUAAAAAGUAAUAGAUCAUUAAUUUAUCACAAGGAAAUAUAUCAUUCUGAUUAUACUAAAAAAUAUGUUUGUGAAUAUGAUAAUUGUAAAUAUGUAUCACAUUCACAAAAAAGAGUUAGAGAUCAUUAUGAACGUUGGCAUACAAAUAAAGAAUUAUUACAUUGUAAAGUAGGUUCUUGUAAAGCAGCUUUUAAUAAACAAUGUAAUCUUAAUUUUCAUUUAUUAUAUAAACAUCCAGAAACAAUAUCAGAACCAAUAUUUAGUUGUGAACGUUGUCAUAAAAAAUUUUUAAGUGAGCCAAAAUACAAAAAACAUAUUGAAUCACAUGAUAAUCAAAAUGUUAAUAAAGCAAUAUUUAAAUGUAAAUUAUGCCCUGAAGAAUUUCCAAGUGAUCAUUUUCGUAAAAAACAUUUUUUUAGUAAACAUAAAUCAUCACAAUAUUCAUGUAAACAAUGUGAUGAAAAAUUUAAAGAAAGACAGUUAUUAACAGAACACAUGAAAGAACGACAUACAGCACCAAAAGUUGUAAAAAUAUUUGAUUGUAAAGAUUGUGGAAAAAUAUUGAAAACAAAAUCAUUGUUGAUAAAACAUUCAUCAAUUCAUUCGAGUGAAUUUUUUGAGUGUGAUUAUUGUGGAUAUAAAGCUAAAUUAAAAGAAUUACUUGUAAGACACAUUGUACGUUUGCAUACUAAAAAAUAUAAUUUUAAAUGCAAAACACCUGGAUGUGAUAAGAAAUAUAAAUUGUUUAUUGAUUAUCAAUGGCAUAUUAAAAAACACCACAGUUAAUUUUUUUUUUCUUUCAAUUAACAAGUACAUUAAUUAUGAUGUUUGUUUUAUCAGUUAAUUUCUAAAAAUGUAAUUGGGUUUUUUUUUUUUUUAAUUAAAACCAAAUGAUAAACCAAAUGUGUCUAUUUUAUUGUAACAAGCUUUUUUUUUCAAG